CUCCCUUUAAACUCGGCAGCCUGUGAUGCUGCCAACCCUCCUGCAUCACGGAGCCUUCGCCACAUGCUGUUGUGCUGUAUCAGACGGGGAAAUACUCACUAUUGUCCGUAGGAUACGGGCCUACUAUUGAUUCCAGUCUGCUCCCUCCCCUCCUCCUCUCCUCCCCUCCUCCCCCCCAUCACACUCACGCUUCCCACCUCCCCUCAGCCUCUCAGCAUCUCUCGUCUUCCUUGGACUGCAGCAGAGAAACCGCUGCAUCGAAGAAGACAAGAAAAAAGAAAUCUUCGGCGCGAUGCUUUCUAUCUCUGCUGCUGUGUAGAGAGGGGGGGAACAAGGGAGCGGGCGACUCAUCGAGCUCGGUACGAUGCAUCUGCUCCUCUCUAUGAUGCUGCUAGUCUCUUCUGCUGAGCGCUGACAGGACUGAGGAUCUUUCCAGUUUGAGAUCAACUGUCUCUAUUUCAGCACUGUCUGCCUACUCCCAUCCAAUGGAAUUAGACAUUAUUACUUAAUUAUUAGUGUCCUGGCAGCUGACUGGCUUUUCAGCACUAAUAUACUACCUUAAGUCUUGCUCUGUCUGGGGAUAGAAGACCAGAAAGGAAAAAAAAUAGGCACUUUACAUUUGUAGCACCUAGUGGAAUAAAAGCACAUUAAAUUUGAAUUAAAAGACUUUUAGUGCCAGAUAUCCUUGUGCCAAGAUGGACGAAACACGUAACAACAGGACUUCCUUGGCGAAAGGUGCCAAGGACAUCGCUAAGGAAGCCAAGAGGCACGCUGCCAAAAAUUUCAACAAAGUUGCUGAUCGUGCCUCAGAUGAAUACUCAACUCAUCGCAGCUACAACCGCUUCCAGAACGAGGACGAAGAUGAGGACAACUACAAUACUUACGGUCAGCAAGACGGUCGCUACGCUGACAAUGCAGCCAACGAAGAGGAUGGGGCCUCCAGUGAUGCCACAGAGGGCCACGAUGAUGAAGACGAGAUUUACGAGGGGGAGUACCAAGGCGUUCCAGGCCACAGUGAUGGGAAGUUGCGGGACGGCCAGGUGGCUCUGGGCCAGCCGAUUUCUGACAGCCUAAAGAGCCGCAAGGAGCUGGAAAAUGAGAGACAGGCAGAUGAGGAGGAACUCGCCCAGCAGUAUGAGCUGAUCAUGCAGGAGUGUGGCCACGGAAGAUUCCAGUGGCAGCUGUUCUUUGUUCUCGGGCUGGCGCUCAUGUCAGAUGGCGUGGAGGUGUUCGUAGUGGGCUUUGUCCUACCCAGUGCUGAGACAGACAUGUGUGUCCCCAACUCUGGUGCUGGAUGGCUUGGUAGCAUUGUGUAUCUGGGGAUGAUGUUUGGAGCCUUCUUUUGGGGCGGUCUCUCAGACAAGGUGGGCCGCAGGCAGUGUUUGCUGAUAUCCAUGUCCUUCAAUGGCUUCUUCGCCUUCCUGUCCUCCUUUGUACAAGGCUACAGUAUGUUCCUCUUCUGCCGCAUGGUAUCUGGCUUUGGGAUUGGUGGAGCGGUACCAAUCGUAUUCUCGUACUUUGCGGAGGUGUUGGCUCGGGAGAAGAGAGGAGAGCAUCUGAGCUGGCUCUGCAUGUUCUGGAUGAUCGGAGGAAUUUACGCCUCAGCCAUGGCCUGGGCCAUCAUCCCACACUACGGUUGGAGCUUCAGCAUGGGUUCGGCCUACCAGUUCCACAGCUGGAGAGUGUUUGUGGUGGUGUGUGCACUGCCGUGUGUCUCUGCAGUGGUGGCUCUCACUUUUAUGCCUGAGAGCCCCCGCUUUUUCCUGGAGAUGGGUAAACACGACGAGGCCUGGAUGGUGCUUAAACACAUCCACGACACCAACAUGCGUGCCCGCGGAGAGCCAGAGAGAGUCUUCACUGUGAACAGGAUAAAAAUCCCCAAACAGCUGGACGAGCUGGUGGAGAUGCAGAAUGAGUCAGCCAACCCUGUACUCAAGGUCCUCUUCAAGAUCAAGGCUGAGCUCAGAGGAAUAUGGUUGACUUUUAUGAGAUGCUUCAACUACCCAGUGAGAGACAACACUAUAAAACUGGCUGCAGUCUGGUUUACUCUGUCUUUUGGGUUCAUCAGUAUGAAGUUUAAGGCCGUCACAUUCAUCGACUCAUCUUUUCUCAACUGCUAUUUUGAAGAUGUAUCCUCCCUAGCAUCUUACUUCAAAAACUGUACCUUUGUAGACUCCUUCUUUUUCAACACGGAUAUCGACGACACCAAACUAACAAAUUCCAGAGUGAUCAACAGCUCCUUCCACCACAACAAGACAGGCUGUCAGAUGACGUACGACGACGACUACAGUGCCUACUGGGUCUAUUUUGUCAACUUCCUGGGAACGCUGGCUGUGCUGCCUGGAAACAUUGUCUCUGCCCUCCUCAUGGACAAAAUAGGACGCCUCAGCAUGUUAGGAGGCUCCAUGGUGCUGUCAGGCAUCAGCUGCUUCUUCCUUUGGUUUGGCACCAGUGAGUCCAUGAUGAUCUUCAUGCUCUGUCUCUACAAUGGCCUCAGUAUCUCUGCCUGGAACUCCCUUGAUGUGGUCACCACUGAGCUGUACCCAACAGACAGGAGGGGUACAGGCUUUGGCUUCUGUAAUGCCAUGUGUAAGCUGGCAGCAGUGCUGGGCAACCUGAUCUUUGGCUCACUGGUUGGCAUCACCAAGGCAAUCCCCAUCCUGAUGGCAUCGUCUGUGUUGGUUGGCGGCGGCCUGGUGGGGCUCCGACUGCCAGACACACGUGCCAAUGUCCUCAUGUAAACCUCAACACAGAACAGCGUGUUGUUUACCAGGUGUUUACUCACUUCACUGAAUAACCACUCACUUAUGGACUAUGAUUUAUUAGGAUAUCACUGAAACUAGCACAGCAUUCAUCCCACUUGUAUUUAUUAUUUGAUUAAUAAUUUGAUUGUGUACUUACACAGUACAGGACAAGUUACUGUUAUUCUGUUAUGUAUGAGUAAAGUACCUGGUAAAUAACAAAGGAUAAUAAAAUGCAGUUUAAUUUAACAAUGAACUGAAGAUAUAAAGACUUUAAGGGGUAACUUAGGUAUUUUUCAACCUGGACCCUAUUUUCUAUGUUUUUGUGUCAAAGUGAUUAAUGGGAACAACAAUGACUUUUUGCCACUGACAGGCUCAGAUUGUGUCUGACAACCUUAUGGCAAGGACAGCGCUGAAAUCACCAUCCCCAAAACCCACCAGACUUUAUUUAAACAAACAGUAAUUUUAUCAUGGUAAAACACACUUCGUUCAUAGUCGACAGACAUAAAAUAAAACUCACAUAAACCAUCGUGAUUUGUCUCUCCACUGCUAAUCACCAUCUCUGCUUUGGUUGAAAUAAACCUUUAAUUCAACCAACUGGAUGUGAAAAUAUGCUGGCUACAU